AUGUCUAGACCUCAAUUAUUACAUCUGAAGACCACCCCUGACCUUAUAGAGCCUCUCCCACAUCUUGCAGACAAGAGAUUGUCUGAAUUACAGAAUUUGGAGGAGACAUCUAGUGGGUCAUCUAAUGGGAAUCUUGAUGAUGUUACCAAAGACAAGCCUGAUCUUCUUGAGAUGUUAAAUCACCGUUCAGAUUCUUAUAGGGAUAUGAAAAUCAAGACAGAUGCAAGUAAAAGUUCUUGUGAUGGAUAUGAUCAACGUGUUUCGUUUGAUACUGUAAAUCUCCAAUUUGAUGAUGAUGAUGCAGAUUCAGAUGAUGAAGGAUACGAUUGGAAUUAUGAGUUUGGACCUAGUAGAGGAAGAGGUAGGGGUAGAUCUCCAUCACCAGCACAUACAUCACCAUUACAUUCUCCAUCAGGAGCACCAUUUCUUACCACUAGAGAUAGCUAUAACUUGUCAAGAAUGCUUUCACCAAGAAGACUUGCAUAUCCUACAACUCCAAUUAUAACUCAUAAGGGUUGUUCAUUCACCAAAUUCCAUUUAGAUUUUGAUAAUUUGUAUAAGGGGAAAUUUAACAAUAAGGAGAAUGGAUUUCUUAAACCAGUAUUACCUCAUAGAGUCAUAUUGGUAUAUAUAAGUGGUAGAAAACAUACUUGGGUUGCAUUGGAUUGGGUAUUGAAGGAAUAUAUUGAAAAUGGUGAUACAGUCAUUGUUGUAUCAGCCAUUAAUAAAGGAUUUGAAAAAAAUCGUCGGAAAUCAUUUGAACGACAAAGGGCUGUGGCAAUGACUCCUAGAAUGAGAUUAAGACUUAGACAUAGACCUGAAAACAUCAAGGUUAUUGCCAGGAAUAUUAUGGACUAUAUGCAACGAGUACUCAAACAUGGAGUGAUUGCUAGAUUAUCUGUGGAAUUAAGUGUUGGGAAAACUAAAGAUGUUUUAAAGGAAAUGUAUAAAUUAUAUGAACCAAACUUAGUUUGUACUGGUUCCAAAGUAAAUUCUAGAAUUGGUGCACCAUUGAAAUCAUGGAAUUCAUCCAAAUUAACUGAUAGAUUAGUUAAAAAUUAUCCCUUACCACUUAUAGUUGUUCCAGCAAUGAAUAUGGGGAGAUUUGAGAAAAAAUUGGAAUGUGAAUUGAAUGGUGAAACAAAUAUUACUCCUCUGGGAUUUGAUGAAAAUUUAAUACCUAAAGAAAGAGAUUUUGUUGAUGAUGAUGAUGAUGAUACUUCAUCAAUAAGUUCAUCCAUUGAUAGUGUUAGUUCUGAUGAAUCAUAUUCUUCAUUUGAUGAAAUUGCAAAACUCUAUACAAAUUAUAAAAAAGGGUUAAAGACUUCAUUAACAGCAUUAAAGAAAAAUGAAAUGAAUGAAGAUUUUUUCUCACAAUUUUUAACUACAAUUUCUGAUAAAUCAAUUGAAUUUUGUCAAAAUGUUAGAGAUGUUGAUCCUGAUUUUAAGGGUAAAGGUGCAAAACUUGCACGGGCUAUCACUGGAUCAAAUUCAUUUGGAUCCAUACCAUAUAAAACGAAAUCUCUUCUUAUUCCAGUAGAGACAGAACAGAGUUCACUGAGUAGUAAUAUUACUAGUGGUUUGUCAUAUAAGGAAAUGAAACGGAAUUUACAAAGGAAGAAAUUGGAAUUAGAAAACCCUUCAUCAAAUCCUAGUCCUCCAAAUAUUAUCAUUGAGAAUGCUUCACCAGUGGAACCACCAAAGAAAAGUGCUUUAACAUUCAAUUUGGAAUCUCCACCAAGAAGUACGUCACCUAGAACAACAUCACCAAAGUCAAGUGGUUUACGCAUGACUAGUAAGAAAUUACAGAAAUCACUCUCUCAUGAUAUAGACUCAUCAAGUAAACGUCCCGAAUUAGAGCCAAUGAAGUCACAUCCUGAUAUAAGAGCACAAUUAGGAGGAAACUCUAGGUCCUCAUCUAGCGAAGAUAUCACUGGAAAGGGGAAAAAGAAGAAGAAGUUCUGGAAACUAUUUUAA